UUUCCGGUUGUGCGUUAUGGACGCUUCGUGUCUGUCCGAAGGUUUCGUCCAGAGAGGAACUCUCUAAUUUCGUCGUUUUUUCAUUUACCAGUGAGAAACGAUCUCCCGAAUAUAUUCGGAGUAUGAAUGCGGAACGAUAGUGUAAUGAGGGACUGCUCGAUAUCAUAUCGGAAGAGUAUAAUCCUGGCGGUUGUGUAAAUAUCGCGUAGUGGUGUUUGCGCGUACACGUUAUGCGCAUACGCGAACAGAUGAGCGCGGGAUUGUGGUACUCGGACUGACUCAGACGCGAGGGGACUGAACGAACUGUAGUGUGAUCAACUUGUGUGCAGAAACUUUUGAUGGAUAUUUUUAUGAAGUGACAGAGGACGAGAAGUCAACGUUCGUUACGCGUCCGAUUUUUAAAGUACGUAGUGUCGGCGUUUGGUCCCAAAGGGGCCACACAAUGGACGGUGCCAACGUUAAUGGCGGGAAUGCCGAUGAGGCGGGCGAGAAUCCUAACCUAGAAAUUAGCAGUAUGCCGGACCCACAGGGGAUACAAAUUAAAGUGGAUGUGGCCGAGGAAAUGGAUGGGCAGGAGGUCAACGGCGACAUAAAAGGUGCACUAAAGAGGGGUAUGUCACUAUAUGUUAAUAGAAUGCAUAAGCUUAAGGUCAGUUUUAUUAGUAUUGUUGAUAGUAAUAAACUGUUAUUUACAAAAGGACUCAAACGCAAGCAUUCAGAACAAGAUGACCUUAGCUCAGAGGAAUCCAUGUUCAAUGGAUUCGAUUUACAGGGAGACACUGAAUUACAACCAGGAAGUCAUAUCUUGAAGAAAUUAAUUGCUGAAGCUGAACUAGCAGAGUCACAAUUAGUAAAACGGUUUAGAUUCAGUAUAAAAGAUCUUGAAGGUAAGAGAGAUGAUGAAGAUUCUGAUGAUAAUAGAAUAUAUGAUUCUGAUGUGAAUAAAAUGAAGAGAGAAUCUGAUAAAUCUGAAACAGAUUCUAUUGGGAUACCAAAUACUAUAGAUUCAGAAUCAGAAGUACAAAAAGUGGAUGAAGCAUCAGUUAAAUCAGCAAAUUCGGCAGCUAGUAGUCCCACAAUGAAAUCGAAAGUUAAUCGAGCAUUGCGUGCAAUUAGUCCAGCAAGCCCAUCAAGUCCAUCAGGGAAGCAAAAACUAGUUGUUGACAUGUCAAAUCCAGCGUUUAAAGAACCUUUUAAGUACGGUUGGAAGAGAGAAUUGGUAUUCAGAGCAAGUACCGAUCCUAGUCUUAAAAAGAUGGCUGAUAUCUAUUAUUAUACACCAAAGGGCAAAAAAGUUAGAAGUUUUAGAGAAGUUGCAGAAUUUCUUAAUACAAAAGAGUUAACUAUUGAUAAUUUUACAUUCUUCAAAGAACCAAUCGGUCUUGACGAUCCGGAAAAGGAAAUAAUUCGGAAUGCAAAGAAGUUGAAGGGAACUGCAGUGUCUACUACGCCACCAAGGAGAGGUCUCGGAUAUAAGAGAGGAGCACCUGGUAGGAAAACUGUAGAAGAACCUACUCCAGUACAAUCACCAGUGGCUCCGAAAGCUACUGUUGUUAAGUCUCCAAAAGCUGCUCCAACAGCAUUUAAAGUGAAAGUGCCUGCAAAGAAAACUCCACAAAUAACAGAAAUAAAGUCACCUCCUCAAGAGAAUGAAGCACCUCCACCUCAGAGAACUACGAGUACGAGAAGAAGUCAACUGCCUGUAGAAAAGCCACCGCCUCCUAAGCAGAAGAGACAAGUAACGCCCAAAGUUCAAGAACCAUGCAGUAUAAGGUGUUCAACAAGUAUGGGAUUGAUACCGAGUUUGCAAUGUCGCGUCUGUCUCUGUUUAUAUCAUCCUGAGUGUGUUGGCGGUAUGGAAUAUGCAGGGAGUGACGAUUAUGUUUGCAAGAAUUGCCAGCAGGAUACUAAAGAAUCUCAUCAAUCUCAAACAAAUCAAUCUCUUACACCUCCUCCAUUGAUACCAAUCAGUAUGCUAGGUGCGCAAAAUGUUAAACCGAAACAGCAUCAAGUAAAUUCAAGUCCGCCGAAGCUUCAGAGAAUUCCGAAAUCCGACAUUGCAGAUUCACAAUCGCGAAACGCUGUGAAGUCCUCGAAAACAUCUUCGACAAUGUCUUCGCAUUCUUCCUUGAAUUCCGAUAAAAAGGAAAGUAGUUGGUUCGCUCAGACAGAAAAUGAAUUUCUGCAAAGCCAUGAUGGUACUAUGCCGAAACCAGCCCAGAAUAUUGCUUUGAUGGGUGGCAGAAGAUAUAUUGUUGUACCAAAAAAUAACGCAAUGGCUGUCCAGCCGGCAAUAACAGCAAAACCGGAUAAAAUUGGUGAUAAACCUCCUCCUGUAUUGCAGGACGGUACACUUACUGAUAUAUCAAAUGCUAUAGACAACUCAAAGAUGCGUGGUUCUUUAUUGGCAAAGUCAUUAUCAAAAGACUUCGAUAAAGCAAUCAACAGAGAUAUAACAAGAGAUGUAUCGCAUGCAGAAUUUUCGCCGUGUUCUGUAACAGGUGAUACUGAAGAAACGUGCACUAAUAUCGACAAGUCACAGAACGAUCUAUCUUGCACAACAGAUUUUACAUUAGAAACCGAGAGACUGAAGAGUUCUCAAUUACCUGAAACGAAGACUGUCAUAAAUAAUUCUCGGACGACUAGGGCAUGUAAUUUGGGUACUGUUAAAAUAAGUAGCAAGAGGAAACAAAAUCAAUUAGAAAACGAACAAAAUCAACAUUUUAUGGAUUCAGUUUGUGCUGGAUACCAUGCGCUCUUACGUAUCUUCCAGUAUCUUAAGGUUCAAGAAUUACUCAGAGCUGCGAGAGUGUGUAAAAUGUGGCGAGACUUAGCAGCGCACCCUUCCCUGUGGAAGACUGUGCGGAUGAAGAACAGUCAAGUGACAGACUGGGAUGGUUUAGCGGAUACGUUACAAAGGCGCGGCACUCAACACUUGGAUCUCCGAAAAAUGCUCGUGGCUGGCGAAUCCGAUAGCAUUUGGAGAAAUUUUCUAUUAGUAAUACCACGCGUAACCAGUCUCGUCAAAUUAGAAUUAUGUAAAUGUCCUGUGAUGGUCGUUGAGGAAGUCAUUAAGUGCUGUCCUCAAUUAGAAGUACUGAGUGCAAUGUCGAUAAAAUGUGACUCGUUGAACUUGGAAUCGAUUGGGAAUCUUAAACGUUUACAAGAAUUAAGGCUGAAAGCUAUCAGCGGAAUGUCUUUGCAAGAAGAUCUCACACCCUUGCAGGAACUAACACAACUAACACAAUUGAGUUUAACAUCGGUCAAGGAACUUGGGAAGAAAAAGAUUGAUAUUAUACAGACAUUAGUAAAUCUGGAAACGUUAGAACUGGGCGAAUGUUCCGAUUUUCCAGAUAAAUUUGGUACAACAGUUUUAAUUAAGUUACAGAAGCUAGAACGCCUUAGACUUGAGAAAGGACAAGGCUCGUGCUGUACGUUUGACAUUCUGGAAGGUGUAUCCAAAUUACAAAAUCUGUGUCAGAUGGAAUUGGUCAAUUUUGAUGUAAAGAAUGGCUUUGACAAGUACCUUGCAAAUUGCAAGAAUAUUAAAAGGCUGUUGAUCAUACCCACUUACAUAUCUCAAUCGGCAACGUCUAACAACAUGGUGCUCGGAGGUGUUACCGAAUUAUCGAACAAUUUAACGCAUUUCGUAUGGGGCGUUACAUUGGAAUUACUCAGGGUUACAGAAUUAUUCGUUGAUCAAUGUAAUUUAAUGAGUAAACAAGUUACUGGCGAUUCGAUACCAGUCUUGAAACCGGUACCCUGUUUGAAACUAAUCGAAGACGUUGAAGAUGAGAACGACAAUCAAAAAGGGGAUGAUAAACAACAACCAAAUUUAACAAAUCCUCAAGUUGAUAUAUUACCAUUGCCUCAACUUCAGAAACUUUUACUAACUGCAUUGCCUAAAACGAGAGUUAAAAUUUUGAAGAUCCCUUUCCAUGCUACGUGGCGACAGAGCAUUUCAGAUACUGCUACACAAUAGGAAACAGUAAACCUAAAGUGUAUGAACGUAUAUACUAAAAGAAUAAGGACAGAAAAUAUCUGAAGAGCAGAAUUAAACAUUUUGUAAAGGUGAUUCCAUAGUGUCUGCACAAUUUAUUCCAAUAGUUGGAAAUUGGAUAAAAGAUAAUUUAAUAUUUAUGUACUGUGUUUUACUACCUACAGGUAUUUUGUGUCCUUAUUCUUCUUUUACAAUUCCCGUUGCGUGAUAUGAUUGAUACACACUACAGUAACCGUAAACAUACAAAGUUUUUAGUGGUAAAAGGGGGACCAUGAAUGCAUCGCGUGCUAUUUUGACUGCAGGGCAAAAUUCCAUGAGACGCUGGUAUCCUUGCGCAAGUUAUUUGAUAAUUUUUUAAAUUUCGUAUUUCGUACUUAAAAUUCUUUAAAUGUAACGUUUGCAAAAUUAACUUGGUAUACUGUAACGUGUAUCUAGCGGAUGAAACAAACUGAAGGGGACAAGAAUGCAUUGGGGAAAAAGAGAAAGCUUAAUACAAAUAUUUAUAUAAAAUUAUGUAUUACGAAAAUGUCGCACACAUCUUUUAAGAGGUUAAGGUAUAUGCUGAUUUUCUCAAUUUUUCAGAGCAUAGACCUUUUGUGACAUAUGUAAAAGCAUUGAGUCAAAGGAAAACAAUAGAAGUUGUAGUUUUACGUGAUACAUUUCUAUAUAAAUUUCUAAUGACGUAGCAGAGAAAAUUAAGUCUAUAAGGCUCUAUCUAGAAAUUAGACUGUAUAAAUAAUGAUAUAUAAUAUUGAAUUAAUUGUACGUGUAUCUUUAAUAUUUAAGAUACGAUUUUUCCGCUGCAAAGAAGUAUGAGGCUUGCAUCGAGUAAUGUAGAAUGUGUAAUGUAUAUACAUAUAUGGUUGUGCGUAUGCCAUUAUUAUAUAAUAUAACGUAAAGACGUAGUGAUUUACCUGUACAUUUGUCGGUACACGUUGUAUAACUGCGAAAAAUUAUCUUGGUUUUCUCUCUUUCUCCUUUAUCUCUCUAAUUUCAUUGUCAUAAAUGAUAUAUCAGUAAAAUAAAAUUUUAUAUUGAAAUAAUUCAAAUAGAAAUUGUGUACAUCAAUAGAUAAUUUCAAAAUGUUCUAAUCAUAUAAGGAUUGACUUGCGAAUAGUGAUAAGCAUAUCAGUUGAACAUUGAUUGUUAAUCGUAUUGUAUGUCAGUUUGUUAUUCAUCUUUAGGUACAUCGCACUGUUCAUCUAUGGUUCUGUUACUUUAAUUGUCAUACUUUGCAGCGGAAAAUUUCACUUGUUUUAUUGCGUUUAGUUGUACACAAACUGAAUAAUUUAUAAACAUUAAGGGGGUUCUAAAAAUGUACUUGUAGUAAAACAAUUUAAAUAUAUGAAAAAAAUAUUUUUUACGUUGAAUAAUGA